UCUCGACUUCUACGACGGCAAUCGUUGAACUGUCUUAUUUGAAAUCUUGCCGUGGUUACCUAAUUAUGCGCAUUGGACUCUUCAUGACAACGAUCUAUGGUUUCUCUCGAGUUUAAUUAAUAUUUUCCUCAGAGGAACCCCUCGACUUCCCUCGACGGCUCUUAACCUCGACCCUCCUUAGUCACAUCCAAUAUGCCAAACACAUCUCUUCGGCGCCCACAAAAGGGGUAUGCCCGCCGGGGCGGAAAACAAGCCUACCAUGGAGCCAACCGGACCCGAACCUUCGCUGCCUCGACUACUCGAACUGAAGGCACAUCGGCCGACGAGAGAAUCGAGCGAACGCUCCUUGCGCAACAGAUCGACGAAUCGAUGGGUUUUGCUAGACAUGAAUCAGGUAGAAGAAAAGAAGGUUGGCUUGUGAACGUCCAACCCACCACCGUGGCCCUCGACGACGACCGAUCUCCUGGCGGCAGAGCGGCGCUAGACUGCUAUUUCAUCGAGAACGAUGGGCAGACUUUCAAAGCUACCGUCGAGUACGAACCAUAUUUCGUCAUCGCAUGCCGAAAAGGGCGGGAAGGCGAAGUUGAAGAAUGGUUGAAACGAGUACCUGGCGGCGGCGUUGUGCGCAACGUCAAACGAGUUGAGAAGGAGGAUUUAUCUAUGCCAAACCACCUUCUCGGAUAUAGAAGAACAUUCCUUGAGUUGCGGUUUAGAAAUGUGCAGGACUUAAUGACUGCGAGGAGAGAAAUAAUGCCUAUAGCGGAGAAGAAUAAGAAGUCUAUGGGCACGGUCGAUGUUUAUGCGGAGGUUGCUGCCGAACAAGCUGGCUUCGACCUUUUUGAUGAUUCACGAGAUGACGAUAGACGAAAUAAUGCUUCAUUUUCGGACGCUAGCGACUAUAUCGUCGAUAUUAGAGAGUACGACGUACCGUACCAUGUAAGAGUUAUGAUUGAUAUGGACAUCCGAGUAGGCAAAUGGUAUUUCGUGGAGGCAAAACAUGGCAUCACUACAAUUACGCUUAAUGAAGAACACAUCGUCCAGGCGGACCCUGUGGUAAUGGCCUUCGAUAUCGAGACGACCAAGGCCCCUCUCAAAUUCCCCGACGCUGCUGUGGAUCAGGUCAUGAUGAUGUCGUAUAUGAUCGACGGACAAGGUUUCCUCAUCACUAAUCGAGAAAUUGUCUCUGAAGAUAUUUCCGACUUCGAGUACACACCGAAACCUGAAUAUCCUGGACCGUUUAUGAUUUUCAACGAGCCUAACGAGAAGGCCGUGAUUGAGCGGUUCUUUUCACACAUAAAGGAGGCGAGACCCACUGUCAUCGCAACAUACAACGGUGAUUUUUUCGAUUGGCCAUUCGUGGAAACAAGAGCAAGUGUCAAUGGUAUUGACAUGUAUCGCGAGAUCGGGUGGAAGAAAGAUAAUGAGGAUAUAUACAAGUGCACAUAUGGUGUCCAUAUGGAUUGCUUGGCAUGGGUCAACCGUGAUUCCUACUUACCACAGGGAAGUCGAGGCUUGAAAGCCGUCACCGUUGCCAAGCUUGGCUAUGAUCCGGACGAACUCGACCCGGAGCUCAUGACGCCAUACGCAAACGAACGUCCUCAAACACUAGCAGAGUACUCAGUCUCAGAUGCCGUCGCUACCUAUUACCUGUACAUGAAAUACAUCCACCCUUUCAUCUUCUCUUUAUGUACCAUUCUCCCCCUUGGAGGCGACGACGUACUGCGGAAAGGAACGGGUACACUGUGUGAGAUGUUGUUGAUGGUGCAGGCAUACCAGCACGAGAUCAUACUACCGAAUAAGCACAUGUCGCCAAAAGAAGCAUUUUGGGAUGGGCAUUUACUGGAUGCUGAGACUUACGUUGGUGGUCACGUCGAAAGUAUUGAAGCUGGAGUAUUUCGAGCGGAUAUUCCAGUCAACUUUGCGGUCGACCCAGGGGCAGUGGAUGAACUGCUCGGCGAUCUGGAUAAUGCGCUUAAAUUUGUUGUUGAGAUCGAGGAAAAGAAGUCUCUAGACGAUGUUACGAACUACGAUGAGGUCAAGCAAGCGAUUGCGUCACGGUUGUUACAGCUCAAGGAGACCCCUAACCGAAAUGAGAGACCACUGAUAUAUCAUUUGGACGUCGCAUCUAUGUACCCGAAUAUCAUGACGACGAAUCGAUUACAACCCGACUCUAUGAUCCAGGAGUCGGAUUGCGCCGCCUGUGAUUUUAACCGUCCAGGGAAGACUUGCGACAGGAGAUUACCAUGGGCUUGGAGAGGCGAGUACUUGCCAGCGAAGCGGGACGAAUACAAUAUGAUUCGGCAUGCGCUUGAGAAUGAGAAAUUUCCAGGGAAACGUCCAGGCGCCCCUAUGAGAACGUUCCGGGAAUUACCGGAGGACGAACAGGCUGCACUCACUAGAAAACGAUUACAACUAUACAGCCAGAAGGUGUACCACAAGAUCCGUGAUCAAACCACGAUUGUUCGGGAAGCAAUCAUCUGUCAACGAGAAAAUCCAUUCUACAUUGACACAGUGAGGGAUUUCAGAGAUCGUCGGUACGAUUACAAGGGGAAGGCGAAAGUCUGGAAGGGGAAGACCGAGUCUCUCAAGUCAUCUGGAGCAGCGGCUAAUGAAGUCGACGCCGCCAAGAAGAUGAUCGUUCUUUAUGACUCUCUGCAGCUUGCGCACAAGGUUAUUCUGAACUCCUUCUAUGGGUACGUCAUGCGAAAAGGAUCCAGGUGGUACUCGAUGGAGAUGGCGGGUGUUACCUGUUUGACUGGCGCAACAAUUAUCCAGCUGGCAAGGUCACUCGUUGAACGUCUUGGACGGCCCCUAGAGCUGGAUACUGAUGGUAUCUGGUGUAUGUUGCCAGCAACGUUCCCCGAAAAUUUCUCCUUCAAGCUCAAGAACGGCAAAAAAUGUACUAUCUCAUACCCUUGCGUGAUGUUGAAUCAUCUCGUCCACGAUAAAUUCACAAAUCACCAAUAUCAGACAUUAGUGGAUCAGAAGACGUUUAAAUACGAAACGCAUAGCGACAACUCUAUCUUCUUUGAGGUGGAUGGCCCUUACAAGGCCAUGGUCUUACCAACGUCAAAGGAAGAAGACAAGAAUUUGAAAAAGCGAUAUGCCGUGUUUAAUGACGACGGUAGUCUGGCUGAGCUGAAGGGAUUCGAGGUCAAGCGAAGAGGUGAACUGAAGCUCAUCAAAAUUUUCCAACAGCAGAUCUUCAAGUUUUUCUUAGAAGGAACUACUCUUACAGAAUGCUACGCCGCUGUAGCAAAGGUCGCGAACAGGUGGUUGGAUGUUUUACACAGCAAGGGUUCAACAUUAGCCGAUGAGGAACUUAUCGAUCUCAUUUGCGAAAACCGAAGCAUGUCGAAGACUCUUGAGGAAUACGGAAGCCAGAAAUCCACUUCGAUCACGACGGCGAAGCGUUUGGCUGAAUUCUUGGGCGAACAGAUGGUCAAAGAUAAAGGUCUUAACUGCAAGUAUAUCAUCUGCGCCAAGCCUCGAAAUGCUCCGGUCACUGAACGAGCUGUACCGGUCGCAAUCUUCUCAGCCGCGACAGAUAUCAAGCGACGUUAUCUGACAAAAUGGCUCAAGGAAGAACCGUCUGAUACAGACCCUAGGGCGUUGUUAGAUUGGGAUUAUUAUCUAGAACGUCUAGGCUCUGUCAUCCAAAAGUUGAUCACCAUCCCUGCUGCGUUGCAGAAAGUUCGCAACCCAGUCCCACGAGUGCCCCAUCCAGACUGGCUUCAACGCAGGAUUAACAUCAAAGAUGAUAAGAUGAAGCAGAAGAAGUUGACCGAUCUCUUCGCAAGUACCAAGGGACCUUUAGAGGAUAUAACGAAUCUUACGGGUCCGAGGCUUGAUGAUCUCGAGGAUUUUGGGUCCAAACUGCUAAAACCGAAGAGCACGACCGCAGCUAUCAAUGCGUCCCAACAACCGACAUCAACGGCAGCGAAGCGAAAAUCACCAGAACCAGAAAAGGAGAACCUUGAUCCCUUUGCCGCACUUCCAAAGAAGAUGCCGAACCCUUCAAAAGAUUACCCAGCAUUCUUGGAGUACCAGAAAAAGAAGUGGAAGAUUCAAAAGCAAGCUCGGAUUCGCCGACGCCACCUUUUUGGAGAUCGUCGCGGUAACUUGAACGGCAAUAUCCAACAGACGUUCCGCCAAAGAGCAGAAGUUACGUAUAGAAAUACAUGGCAGCUACUUCAGCUUCGCGACACAGACAAUCCAGGCGUAGUAACUGCAUUCGUCUUAAUUGAUGCCAAAAUUCACCCGCUCAAGAUCAAGGUUUCACGACAGGUGUUUCUCAAUCUGAAGAGCAAAGAUUUACCUGACAUAGAUGUGGAAGGUUGCGAGGUCGAGCAGGUCAAUCAUACCUUACCCAAUGGGCACUCCUCGACGCACCUAUUCAAGAUCACUGUGCCUGAGGAUAUCUACUUUGCCGAGGCAGCAAAAUUCUCGUUGCUCUUUAACCACCCGAGUGUAGAAGGAGUAUAUGAAAAGCAAGUUCCAUUGAACAUGCGAGCAAUGCUCCAGCUCGGAAAUCUAUGCACUAUUGACGAAAGUCAACCCGGUGUACUAGGGAAAGGUCUUGAGCAGGGUUUUGAUCUUGAUGGUCUAAAAAAGCCUACGAAGCCAAGAACCUAUUUAGACUCGAACCCUCUCGCGUACCUCUACAUAUCACAUAUUACCGCCGGCGAGAGGCAGAUUUUUGGUAUAUUCUCUUCAAGCGGCGACCAAGCCCAUAUAGUCAUUCUGCAAAAGACCAAGGACUCUGGCCAAGAUCUACCGAAUGUCACCAAGAUCUACAGCGACAUGUUCGUAAGGAGGCGACAAGAGGCAGAGGGCACAAAUUGGCAAGAAUGCUUUUCGUACCAGGAAAAAUUAACAUUCAAGGUGACUCAAGUAACAACACGGCGCAAGGCGCACCUAGAGAUCGGUGACCUCAUCAAGAAGAUGAAGAAGGAUGAAUUAAAGCCUCUGAUGCUUGUCAUUCAAUCCUCGCAGCAGAACUUACUCGUUCACGAUGUUCCCACACUAGCCGAAUUUCCCAUCCUGCCUCUUCGGUAUGACCAAGCGGACAGCUCUCUCCCACCUCUCGGCUGGCAAUCAGUUGUCGCUAAACGCCUUGUUUCGCACUACCUCAACCUUGGAUCCUGGAUCCUACACCUAACAGCACUAGCAAGAUAUGGUAACAUACCAUUAUGUAACCUAGAACGCGACGAUCCUAGAUUUCUUAUCGAUGUCGCAUAUGCUCGCCGCCUACAGCUAAAUAAUGUCGUUUUAUGGUGGUCGCCGGGUCCCAAACCAGAUCAUGCAGGCUAUGAGCAGGAUGACGUAACAGGUCCCCUCGAUACCGUUGUAAUGCCAUCAGCGAAUAACCCUGGCACGUAUGCAUCAGUCUGUAUUGACCUCGAAGUUCGGAAUCUUGCUAUCAAUACCAUCCUCACGUCCUCUUUAAUCAACGAACUUGAGGGUGCAGACUCGAUUUCCUUCAACCCGGCAACAGACUCAGCACCAUCAGAUGGCACUGAAGUUCUCCAUUCCGAAGGAGCAUUUGCCAAUGCGGGCGUUCUUGUACUACGUGAGAUGGUCAAAUCCUGGUGGGCGGAAGCAUGCAAAGGCAGUCCUAUGGCCGAUAUUCUGGUCCAACAUUUGGUACGAUGGGUUGAGUCACCUGACUCAUUCAUGUACGACCGAGCGCUUCACUACUAUGUGCAAAUGAUGAGCCGAAAAGCUCUGCUCCAACUGAUGGCGGAUUUCCGCCGAGUCGGUUCGCAAGUUGUAUUUGCAAAUGCAAAUCGACUUCUCUUACAGACGACAAAGUCCGAAGUGGGGAAUGCAUAUGCAUAUAGCCAGUAUAUCCUAAAGAGUAUCAAGAGCAAGCCACUGUUCCACUUUAUUGAUCUCGAAAUCAAAGAGUACUGGGAUUACCUAGUAUGGUAUGAUGAAUUCAACUACGGUGGCAAGGCCUGCCAAGAGGUUGUCGAGGCUGAGCAACAAAGUCUUCAGACUAUCAUGAACUGGCAAAUGAAGACUUUCCUGCCUGUUCGUCUGCAGGAUACAUUCCAACAUUGGGUGGUUGAGUUUAUACAGCUCAUGCAUAAGAUUAAGCGACCAUUACUUGCAAACGGAGAUCCUGACGCGAGUUUCCGUCUUACCCAACUACCAAUGCGCGAUAGUUCUCAAGAUGACAGUCAUAAACCACAGAUUAUCCUCGCUACCGAUUUUGAGAAGAAACUCAAAAAGGAAAUGCGUUCCCUCGUCUCGACCCAGGCUCGCGAGCUUCUCCACCCGGAGCUCGCAUCGGACUGGUCAUUCCCGUCCUUGCCAGGCAGCCACAUUAAGAAUAUGCACAACCGUAACGCUGUGCUAGAGCUCGUUAAGUCUCUUAUGCAAGUGCUCUCACUAGAUAAGAACAUCACGAUGGAGGCGCGACUCCUAAGGAAAGACCUCCUUGCAUUAUUCGAAGUGCGGGAGUUCAGCAAGGACGGUGCGUUCCAAAAUCCGAGUGAGAGCUUGAAGAUCCCACAAUGGAGCUGUCCUGAGUGCACACUCGCUCGUGACUGGGACUUAUGCCGUGACGAGUCCCUACUCCCAGAUCUGGGGGAUACCGAGGCGGAAAUUAGAAAGGCGGCGGCGUCCAAGGUGUGGCGAUGCCAAUUCUGUGACGCAGAACUUGAGAGGUUGAGGAUCGAGGAGAAGCUACUGGCCGACGUACAGGCAAUGGUCGUGGAAUGGGCCACCCAGGAUCUUAAGUGCGAACGGUGCGGUAGCGUUAGGCUCAAUGACCUCAUGGAACAUUGUACGUGUAGUGGCCCGUGGACAGAAAGCGUCAAGAGGGACGAGGUGGUUAGGAAACUAGGCGUUUGUCAAGGUAUCGCUAAGUGGUACGGGUUGAGGAUGCUAGAGAGUCUAGUUGCGGAGGUGUUAGGGGGGCUGUGAUAUAGUUCGUGGUAAGGGAUAAGGUAUAAAGGAAUAAAGUCAAACAAGCCUAGAUAGUUACCUAGGUGUUAGGUUAAUACACUUCUCAGCAUUUUGAGGUCAUUUUGAG